UCAAUUAUCCAUCUAUUCUUCAUUUUACUAAUAAAAAUAUAAACACAAACGAGAGGAGUUACCUCGUUGUGGCAACUGCCAUCUUUCCUUUUUUCCUUUCAACAAUUAUUUUAUAGGAAAGAGGGAAAGAAUAUUAUCAAAAACCAAAAAGAGAAAAAGAGAAAAUUUAUAAGAAAAGAAAAGUAUAUAUAAGAAAAACAUCGAAACGAUGGUGGGAAAAAUAGUGGUUUCGUUGGUAUCACUGAUUCUUCUAGUUGGUGUGAUAGUGGGAGUUGUGAUGGUUGUGCACAAAAAUGGGGACAGCAAAGAUGAUAAAAGCACCAAAUUCCAAAUGAAGAAAGUGCAUGAGUUCUGUCAGGCCACUCAAUUCAAAGAUGCAUGUUCCAAAUCACUCGAAGGAGUUGCCAAAAAUGACUCCGCUACUCCACAGGACUACAUUAGUGCUGCCUUCCAGAACACUCUAGAUGAAUUGAAAAAGGGUCUGGCCGAGACUGGAAAAACUUCUGUCGACAAAGACAAGGACCCUUACAAUCAUAUGGCGAUGGAUGAUUGCAAGCAGCUCUUGCAAUUCGCUAUCGAGGACCUCCAGGACUCUCUCAGCGUUGUUGGUGAGAGUGAUACCCAGUCACUCCACCAGUAUACCUACGAUCUGUUGAAUUGGCUUUCAAAGGUCUACGCCUACCAAAGCUUAUGUGUUGAUGCCAUCAACAAUCCAGAGUACAAAUCUGCUAUCCAAAACGACCUGAUGAACGCUACUCAGCUCACCAGCAAUGCCUUACACAUCAUAGCAAAGAUGUCUCAAGUGUUGAAAUCCUUCAACAUUCAAAUCCCUGAAGGUCUCCUCGGUAACAGCAAUAACUCUCCUCACCGACGUCUCCUUGAUUUCACCAAGGUGGACCAGGACGGUUACCCAACAUGGUUCCCCGCUGCUGAUCGCAAGCUAUUGGAGAAAUCAAAAGAAGGAAAAGGAAAGGGAGGAAAGGUUGGAAAAGGUGGUAAUGCUGGUCCCCCACUACCCCCAGUCGGAUCAGGCCCAUUAACUCCUAACGCAGUCGUUGCCAAGGAUGGAAGCGGCAAAUUUAAGACCGUUGUCGAUGCUGUCAAGGCUUACCCACCAAAUCAUCAAGGCAGAUACAUUAUCUACAUCAAGGCUGGUGUUUACAACGAACAGGUCCUUGUCGAAAAAAAUCAACCAAACGUCUUCAUGUAUGGUGACGGUGCAGGGAAAACCAUCAUCAGCUGUGACAAAAAUUUUGGAAAAAUGAAAAUAACCACCAUGCAUACUGCUACAGUCGGUGUUAACAGCGACGGAUUCAUAGCCAAGGGAAUUACGUUCCGCAACACUGCUGGUCCAGAAGGGCACCAAGCAGUGGCACUUAGGAUCGCAGGAGAUAGGGGGGCGGUAUUCGACUGCAGCAUGGAGGGAUACCAAGACACCUUGUACUACCAAACAGGCACGCAAUUCUACAGCAAAUGUGUCAUCUCUGGUACCCUGGAUUUCAUAUUUGGGAUGGGAACAGCUGUGAUCCAGAACAGUGAGAUCAUUGUGAGGAAGCCUUUGGGCGGCCAAAAAAACACCAUCACCGCUGAUGGCAAGGAGCAAGAUGUCGGAAUCAAUGGGGUGGUACUGCAGAACUGCAAGAUCGUAGCAGAACAAGCAUUGUUCGCAGAUAGGUUCAAAAUCGAAACUUACUUAAUGCGCCCAUGGAAGCAAUUCUCCACCAAUAUUUUCAUGGAGACCGAGAUUGGUGACUUCAUCAAGCCUGAGGGAUUUUUGAAAUGGCCAGAAAGAGAAUUCGAAAAGACAUGCUUUGUCUAUGAGUAUGCUAACAGAGGACCUGGUGCUAACACUAACCAAAGGAGCAAAAUCUUCAAGAAUUUCAAGGUCCUUAGCCCACAGGAAGCUACUAAAUACUCUGUUGGAACUUUCCUUGGUAAUGCUGCUGGUGAAUGGUUGCGUGGAACCAAUGCACCUUUCUACCUUGGUCUUGGUGGAAAAUAACUCACAACAGAAAACAAACAAACAUCUUAUUCAUCAUUGUACCACCUACUUCUCAACCCUAGCCCCUCUCUAUCUGACCAUGCAUUUUUCCAUCGGUUCUUUUAUUUUUUUGUUGGAGAAGCUGGCAUCUUUUUUUAAAAAAAAAAAUAGGAAUGAUAUAUAUUUAAUUCAUUUUUGUGUAAAGUAACGUAUUCUUUUAUUAAUAAGAGUUUAACUUAUUUCCA